AUGCUUUGCUUCCUGCAGAGGCAGCAGCUAGCGCAGCCCCCACGAGCACACGAUAGCGCCUGCCAUCUGCGGCAGGAUGGCCCCGCGCUGGCGCAGCCCACGGGCCCCUCCCGGUCCGCCCUGCUCCGCCUCGCCCUGCUGGCGGCAUCCGCCACGCUGCCGCCGCUCGGCGCGCCGCACCCGGCCCACGCGGCAGCGGCGGCGGCGGCAGCCCUGCCGCCGAUACGUCCCGCAGCCGCGGCAGCAGCCGCGGGAGGGCCGCGCAGCUCGCUACUGCUGGACCCUCAGCUGCUGCCGAUGCCGCCAGGCCCCAUCGCCUUCCCUCGCCGCCAGCUGGACCUCAACUUUGCGGUGCUGCUGCUGCGCAGCGGGUACGAGGCCUGCGACGACCUGGACUUUGUGCCCAUGGACGAGUUCCAGAAGCGGUGUGUGUUCUGGAAGCUGCGGCAGUCGGAGUGGGAGCCCUACCUCCUGCUGCACUCUCCGCUGCGCAUCCUGCAGGGCCAGCUGACCGACCCUCUGUACUGUGACUUUAUCAUCUCAUGCCAGGCCUUCACAGCCAGCGCCGCGAUGCGGGAGGGGAGGCAGGUGUUUGAGGAAUAUGAUGAGGAGAGCGAGGCGAAGCGGUUGGUAUCGCGAGACCCCGCCCUGUCUGACAACGCGCUGCUGCCGGAGCGGUACUUUGAGAGGCACGGCGAGCUGAUCUACCGCGGCCUGGUGGAAGGGUUCAGGGGGGAGCAGUUUGGGGGGCCGCCGCCCUGUGCACCAGGCGCCUCCUCUCAAGAGCUGCUGGCGGGUGUGCAGCGCCUGCUGGACAUUUUUGUGGCCAAGGGGUUUGCGCUGAAGGCCACCCUCACUCCCCACACCAGCAGCGGCGGCGGCGGCGGCGGCGGUUUCACAGUUCGGCUAGACGGCCCGGCCAACCUGUGGAGCCUACAGGCGCUGGCGGCGCGCCGCUCUUCCGUGUACCAGCAGCACGAUGCGGCGGCGGUGGCCGCCUUCCUGCGGGCCAGCGGGCGCAGCAGCAGCUGCCGCCUGGCCUGGAGCGACACGGCGGUGACGCAGGAGUGGAGCCUGCAGGCCUGA